AUGGAGAGGCGUGUCGUUGCGUCACAACUCCCACCGCUGACGCGCGGCGCCACAGCCUCACCGCCACUCCCCCAGACAAGGCGCAGGUCUGUAGUCCUGCUGCAGGAGCCACCGCCUUUGUCGUUAACGACAACCGCAGGAACAGCUGGCAUUGUAGUGGAUAGAAAACGACAACAGCAGCGGGCCCCAACACUGAUGGUGCGUGGGAGCAGCGCCUUGCGGGAGCGAACACAGGUGCGUGAAACCUCGACGCGGUGUGCCAGUCCAAGGCCGGCGGAGCAUCCUUCACCACCGCCGGUGCCUCGUCACCACACGCUUCCUCCGGUUCUUCGAUCCCUGUUUGCAUCGAAUGUAGAGUGCGUAGGUGGUGCAACGAAUGACUCUGUAGGGCCUUCGCGGGAUUCAAUAUGUUUGGCGCAAUCGGGGAGCACCGUUCCCACUCCGGAAAUAGCGCCCAACACGGAAGACAAACUGCCGCAUCACAAGCCGCAGAAAAGACAACAACAGCAUCAGGACCUGGUGAAGGAGCAGCAGGAUGCUGUAAGCAGCGAUCCAUUUGUCUUGGAUGCGACUGCGCCGAAGCCGAUUUUUAAGACGAUGAAGAACCUCUACGAACGCGAUGUCAGUGUGGCCUCAAGUGCCACCCACGAUGAAGGCAGUGUCUUUUGCGGAAGUCUCACUCAGCACGGGGCGAACAUGAUGGCCACGUCUGUGUCUAGUGCAAACACAUCGGCAGAACUCUAUUCGCAGACGCAGCCUGAUAACCAGCCGUCCAAUGACCCUCUGGAUUGUCAUUGGGAGCUGUCAUGGAUCAACAACAGCAGAAGCACUUCACCCACUCCGGCGAAGGGGACCACGCUGGAAAAGCUGCGCAUGAACAAGCGGCAAUCUAUUGUUGCGCUAAAUGAGCGGAAAAGCCAGGCAUCAAAACUUGGGCUGAGUGACGACGCGCAGGAAGACGACCCAAUGGUUCAGCGCAUGAUUACCCGUGAGACCCAGAAGCGGCGUGUCAAGAGGGACGCCCCGUCCCUGUACUCAGUGGAGCUACCCACCUUCAAUGAUGAGACAGGGGAACUCGGCGACGAGAGCCUCUUUCCACGAUCACUCACGGUGGCUGACGCUAUUCAGCGCGUGUUGCAACAGGAGCGUGGAGAGGUGCGGACAAAAACAAGCGGCGUCGGCAUCACACACUUCCUCGCAAACUACCCGGAGAGUCGCAAGAUCAUUUACCUCUACUUUUGGUACAUCGUCGUCCACAUACGCCGCGUUGGGGCGGAGCGAAUGUUGAUUGGUCGCCACACAAACCUUGAGCGCGUCUUUCGCGGCAUGUUUCCCCGCUACAAGGCGGGGCUUCCGCCGAUUGUGCAGCUCGAGCAGGCAAUGGCGAGGGCAGUCCGUGCUGUGACUAAUGGCACCAAACCAACGCCGAUGCGCGACAUUGACGACAUUGGCGCUGAGUCCGUCACGCCUUUUAUGGGCGACUGCUUCAACGGCAGUGGCCUCACCUUCGGUCAGAGCAGUUCUGAAAACUUCUCACAGCGCGGCGUUAGUUGCCGACUCGGGAGUUUCCGCCGUGGCCAGAGUUUCAGACGCGAUGGAGGUGGUCGGAAGUCGGAGAUGGGCGCCGACAACUUGCUGGCUCGUGACCCGAAGGCAGUGAUGCGUUGCGCUGAUGCGGUUGACGUCUUUACAGUGGUGUUGGUGGAGGUGUAUGAGCUCGCUGAGUUUGGACAGCGCUGCUUCCAGCGUCUUGCGAUGCUCUUUGGUCGCGCCUUUGAGCGCCUGGCGGAGGAAAAGGACGAGGUGAUCAACGCCUUUAUGUAUGUGGUGCCGCAUGUGGCAUACUAUGUGCUGGUUCACAGCUUCCCUAAUGACGUUGUGGCUGGGCUGUUCAACUCGCCGCUGCGUUUGAACAUUUACCGCAUCUUUUACUACUGGUGCAGUGGUCUGGUGGCCACCUAUGUGCGUCUAACAGGUUGGCCAGUGCCGGCGCUUUUCUCAGAGCUAGGCAGCUUUCCUUCGAAAAAGAGUAACGAAGCAACAGCGACGACACGGUCACAGGGGGUUGUGAAUGACGCAUUACAGCCCACCACAUCGGAGGAGGUCGCGAGCGAGAGCACGAGCAGGCUGAUCAGCAGUUCGCUACUGCCGCUAUCGCUCUCUGCGCUGCACGAGAGCCUGCGCCCCCUUGACGACAACACAUUCGAGGAUGUGGAUGUGGAGGUGGUGAAUGGUCAUCAUCGCCUCAUACUCGAAUUUAAGAAGUACGCGAGGCAUGUGAAUUACCUUGUGCAGGAGCUGGAACAACGCACAGUAAGCAUGCAUCAGCUCCCCCCGAUAGAGCGGCCGACGCAGUCGCAAAAGGCACCGCAACAGACACAGUCACCAACGACACAGGCAGAGAGGAAGCCAGAGAAGUCUGUAGCCUUCCUGGAUGAUGCCGCCAAAAUGCCUUUGUCAUUGAGAAAGCGCAAAGCUAACUGCAGAGGCAGCAGCAAUAGCAAUAGUCGUAAUGUGCAGGCUCUAUCUGGCUCUCCAAACGAGCAGGUGCCGCAGUCGCCGAGGAGUAAUGCACUGUUUCCACAAAUUUCGCGGAAAAGUGGGAGCAACAACAACAACAAUAUUAACAACUCCCCAGCAAAAGUAACCAAAUCAUCAAUCAUCAGCACUAAUACCGCCAAAAAAAUUGAUGGUUGUGUUCUCUCUGACUUCCCACUAGGGCAAGCUGCCGUCAGCGUUCGGCAAUAUAUUGCUCAGCAGACGGACGCACGACUGGUGCAAGUGCCACUCCCGCCGCUGGACGAAGAGAUGACGCCGCGCCGCCAAGCCGGCAUGGACGCGUUACUGCCGUCUGUGAUGCAAAAUGGUCCCAUUGCAUGUCGCUCACGAACAGUUAAGAUGCCGCUACCGUUAGCUUCACCACUGUUCCUCAACUACACGAGCAAGCGUGGAAAUCUUGGUCCUAUUGGAGACGUAGAAUUUGAUACCGGCACUUUGGUGUCGAGCGGUGUGACUCCACUGUCGUUUCCUUCGCAUUCGAGUAUGAGCCGUUACGAUGGUAUUUCUCCCAGCCACAAUGCCGCGCGUGCAAUACCACCGCCGCAUGAGCCGAGCACAAGUAACAAGAAUAAGAUCCUCGUACUGCCGCGCAAUACACAAAAGACGAUAAACGUCAUGCUUAUUCCACCAUGCGACACACGGCCUCGGCCACCGCAGUACAAGAGCCUCACUCGCGAUGUGACAAAGCGGCAGAUGGCGCUUGAUCGGGAGCUCGUUCUGCUCUCGGAGCGGGAGCAGCAUAUGCGCCGUCAGUACGACGCGGAAACCCUGCAGGGUCUCCGUGUCGUGGACCAGCUUCUGGCGGAGAGUCGGUCGGGCCGCUUCGGGGCGGAUGCAUUGCGUGGGGUGCACGUUAAGAGAAAGAAUAAGAAGGGGACAACGUCAGAGCGAACUGGUAAUCAAAAAACAAGAGGAAUUUCUGCAGAAACCGCGAACCGCGUGAUGAAGGCGUGA